GGGGAAGUCAUCUUGUUGACUCUGUUCCUAUCUUUCCAUUCGUCCUACCAGCUGGAACAAUCUCUUUCUUCGCGCUUGGAAGGACUUAUGGCAGGUUCUCAAGCCACCUCCGGGUCCGCACAGAACACGACGCCGUCCAUGUUCUCGACCCUGACCCUCACUGGCAUCAACAACAUAAGCUCCAUAACGAUGAACAGAGGGGAGGACUUCCCACCUCAUCAGUUCGACCUCGUAACUGGGAGCUAUGUGUCUAUGGGGAAGUGGGGUUCAUCGCAGGGCCCUCAAGGAGCAGGUCACCUAUCUCUGAGGUUGGGGAAGCGCAUUUCCGGGGGUGGAGGCGGUGUCGUUUAUGAGGCAGAGAUUCUAACCUUCGGCACGAAGGAAAGCGGCGUCGCUCCCUCACACCCGCUUCCCCUAGACCAGAAGCUUUGCAUCAAGGUGGCACGGCCCAACCGUUGCCGUACACUCGCCAGGGAAGCGUGGAUGUACAGGAAGCUCGGCGGCCUGCGAGGCGUCAUCUCGCCCCAGUUCUACGGCUUGUUCACCGCGUCUCUGUCCGAGACGCAGGCUCCUUUUCCUCCAGAAGAAGACCUCGUGCGCUUGAAAAACGACGAUCUUACGCAGGACGAGUUUUUACCGGACGACGACGGCCCCAUCGACGGCCUGGGGGGCAGAGACGGCUCAAAGUGGUGCGAAUGGCGCCCGGACCCUGAGGCCCCCAUGUUGGCUGUCCUCGUCAUGUCCGGGUGUGGUCCGGCGUACACGCAGAGGGACCACUGGGAUUCGUCCACGCAGGAAGACGUCUGUGCGGUGCUCGACGACCUGUCGCGGGCGUCUGUGUUGCAUGGGGACUUGCGCCCGCCCAAUCUCGUCCGUGCUCCCGCAAAUGCGACACCAUGUGAACUGCACCAGUGCGUCCACAAGUGGAACGUCAUCGACCUUGCCCGUGCUAGUGCUGUAGAGAUCUCUGUUGAUGCUGCGCUUUACUUGAAGACUGAUCGAACCCCUGAAGAAGACCUCAGACUUGAUAUGUGGGAUCUUUUCUUACAUAUGCAGCAGACAAGCUACAAGACUGAGCGUUUUGACUUGUAACAGCG